CUAGCGCACGAUGACACGAAUGCCUUUGUCGUGCAGGGAAGAGUACACCAGCAAGCGUACCUGCACGGUGCACCUCACCUGGCGAGCGGCCGCGGCCAGUCUGCCAUGGCUGCGCCGUCUCGUGUUCCAUCCCAUGAGGAGCAGCCGCCAGUCGACGGCGACGGCGACGGAGACGGCUCGGCCUCGUUGCCGUCCCAACGUGCCGGAGCAUGCGGCGGGGACGGCGCCGGAAUCCCCGUCGUCGAUCUCGGCGUCCUCGUCAACGGCGCGCCCGAGGCGCGGGCGCGGGCGAUCCGAGACCUAGGCAGGGCAUGCGAGGAGUGGGGCUUCUUCAUGGUGACUAACCAUGGGGUGACCGAGGCUCUGCGAGAAGCAGUCAUGGAGUCGUGCAAGGAACUGUUCAGCUUGCCUUUGGAGGAGAAGAAAGAGUACAUGCGUGCCAAGCCGAUGGAUCCUAUACGCAUCGGAACGGGAUUCUACUCUGCCGUGGAUGCCGUAGAAUGCAGGAGGGACUACCUGAAGAUGUUCUCUCACCCCGACUUCCACUGCCCCCCGAAUCCUGCAAAGCUAAGGGAGAUUGCUAUGGAGUACUCGAAUUGCACGAGGGCGCUGUUGCUGGAGCUCACCAAGGCGAUCUCCGAGAGCCUGGGGCUCGCCGGCGACCGCCUCUCGGAAGCGCUCAACCUUGGCUCGUGCUUCCAGAUCUUGGUCGGGAACCAUUACCCGGUGUGCUCCAGGCCGGACGAAGAGGCGCUGGGAUUCUCGUCCCACUCCGACCACGGCCUCCUCACCCUGCUCUUCCAGAACGGCGUCGAUGGCCUCCAGGUCAAGCACGACGGCGAAUGGGUCCUCGCGAAGCCCCUCCCGGGGUCGUUCUUCGUCAUCGCCGGUGAUCAGUUGGAGAUCGUGACCAACGGAAGGUACAGGGGCGUGCUCCACCGCGCGAUGGUCGGCGGCCGGCAGUCGAGGAUGUCGUUCGUGAGCCUGAUCGGGCCGUGCCUGGACACCGUCGUCGCGCCGCUGCCGGAGAUGGCGGCGGACGGCCGGGGCCUGGAGUUCCGGGGCAUCAGGUACAGAGACUACAUGGAGAUGCAGCAGAGCAAGGCGAUCGACGAGAAGACGGCCCUCGACGUCGUUCGCGUGCAGCGUCAGGAAUGCUUGCCUUCGUACGAAAAAUAAUCAGCUGCUUGAAUGAUGAUAUUACCAAACGUACAUUAUUUCUCGUGUCAACCAAACUCCCUUGUUUGGCUCGAUCCAUCUUUCCGUUGGACGACCCGUGGUUCAUUGACCUUUCUUUUUGUCUAUGCUUAUGAGACAGACCAAAGUUAAAUUUUUAAUCUUAAAUU